CCUGACAGCUGGCGUUUCCUCAGAGGAGCAGGCAGGUCCAGGGGCCUCUAUGCUUGCCGGGCCUGCCAGCAGCAGAAGGAUGCAGUGGGCCAAAGGCUAAGCACUGCCAGUCUGUAUGUGAAGGUGCAGGCUGUGUGCCCAUGUGGGAGUGCAUGUGGGGCUGUGAGUGUGCAUACAUGUUAUAUGCAAGACUGCAUGUCUUUUAUACCACACAUAUGAAUGUGGCCUUUACAUCUGUACACAGGUAUGUACCUGCAAAUGCUUAUGUGAGCAUGUAUGCACAUGGUGUGCAUCUGAAUUCAGAUGUUUCUGUCAGUGCCAAGUGUGUAUAGGUCUGCUUACUCGUGCCAAGAGGGUCUGUGCAAGUGUGUAAUGGUGUUUUUGCAUUGUACGUAUGUGAGCACACAUGUGGGUGUGCAUCUGUACAGACAUGCACAGGAAGGUUACAUCUGUGUGUGACCCCAAGGGGGCUGCACAGAUGUGAGGAAGCAGGGUUGCUUCCUCAGGAACCUGGGUUGCCCUGUUUUCCUCUGGUGUGUCAGGGCCCCAGAUACAUAAAAGGCAGAGCUCAUGGCUCCGGCUGUUGGCCCCACACCUGCUGCUGCUGCUGCUGCUGCUACUGCCGCUGCUACUGCCGCUACUGCCACUACUUCCCAGGCCAGUCCAAGGGAGGGCAGAAGGACACUGUCGUGGUUUUGGGGCUUCUGCCCCACAGCUACCCAGGAGCAUGUACCGGCAUCUAGGUGAAUAAGGCAAGAUGGCAUCAGGGAGCUGUAGAAGCCUAUGCUGGGCACAUGCCUGCUGGGGCCUAGCUGGCCUGGGCUGUGGCUAGUAGAGUGUCCCAGCUGCCUGCUGCCUCCCAGACACGGUCCUGGAGUGGGACUACACAAGGAGGGCAAGCUGUGGGCUGCAGUGGUGGAGGCAACCUAGUGGCAAGGAGCUCCUAGAGGAUAGGGUGGUUCAGGAGGCAGAGGCCCCUGAGCUGCUGUGCAAGGUGUGAGGAGGGGCUGCUGCGCAGGGUGGGGCCAGUCUGUGUCCCCUCGGCCGAGGGGGCAGCCAUAUGCUUUCCUGCUGGAGAAGGCAAUGCCCCAGCUGCCUUCCAGGACUGGCACUCGGAGCCCUCAGUCAGGUCCCCCACGCCCGCGCCCAUGACCAACAUGAGCUGGAGCUUCCUGACGCGGCUGCUGGAGGAGAUUCACAACCACUCCACCUUCGUGGGCAAGGUUUGGCUCACCGUGCUGGUGGUCUUCCGCAUCGUGCUCACGGCCGUGGGUGGAGAGUCCAUCUACUCUGAUGAGCAGGCCAAGUUCACCUGCAACACACGGCAGCCAGGCUGUGACAACGUCUGCUAUGAUGCCUUUGCGCCGCUGUCGCACGUGCGUUUCUGGGUUUUCCAGAUUGUGGUCAUCUCCACGCCGUCGGUGCUCUACUUGGGCUAUGCAGUGCACCGUCUGGCACGCGCCUCAGAACAGGAGCGCAAGCGCGCACUGCGCCGCCACCCAGCUCCCCGUCGAGUGGCCCCGCCGGGCUGGCCUGAGCCGGGCGAGGCAGAGCCCAUGCUGGGGUUAGGCACUGGCGAGGACAACGAGGAAGAGGAGGAGGAGGAGCCCGUGGCACCCGGAGCAGAGGACAAGACGGGUGCUGGAGACGCAGUGGGGGCAGUGGGGCCCGGGGUGCAGCACGACGGCCGGCGGCGCAUCCAGCGCGAGGGCUUGAUGCGUGCGUACGUGGCUCAACUGGCGGCGCGCGCGGCGCUGGAGGUGGCCUUUCUGCUGGGCCAGUACCUGCUAUACGGUUUCGCAGUGCGUCCGUCCUUCGCGUGUGGCCGCUGGCCCUGCCCGCAUGUGGUGGACUGUUUCGUGUCCCGGCCCACUGAGAAGACGGUCUUCCUGCUGGUCAUGUACGUGGUCAGCUGCCUCUGCCUGCUGCUCAACCUCUGCGAGAUGGCGCACUUGGGCCUGGGCAGCGCGCAGGAUGCCGUGCGCGUGCGCCGCGGUCCCGCGGUGUCUGCAACCACCUCGCCCCCGGCCCCGCCACGCCCUGCUCCCUGCGCCCUCGAGCUUGGUGCCCCAGGCCCAGCCUGCCCGCCCGACUACAGCCUGGUGGUGCGUGCGGUCGACCCAAGCCUGGCGCAGCUGGGGUUGCGGACACUGCGGGACCCCGACCACGACCACGACAGCCCUCCCUGCGCCGGGCUUAGCGCCGCCUCCCGGGGGCCCCCGAGGGCGGGCGCCCCAGCAUCGGGCUCUGGUAGCAACGCAUCGGGUUCGGGGGGCGCCAUGGGCGACCGUAGCCGCAAGCCCAAGGCAGGUUCAGAGCAGGGCAGCGGGGGCAGCAGGGACGGCAAAACCACUGUGUGGAUCUGAGCAUGGCAUGCGUGGGCUGCUUGUGUCCCUACCGUGAUCCCCAGGGCUGUGCAGAGCUGGGGCCCAGGAUGACCAGCAGCCUCUCCAGGAACAUCCUGAGCCAGAAUGAGCCUUGGGGAUUCCCACUGCAGGUCACCUGCCCGUCGUCACACCUCAUUGCAGCUUUCCAGGCAGGACACCUGGGCCGGUCAGGUCACUAGUGAGGGACUGUGCUGUCCCCGCCCACUCCCUAUAACAAUAGAUCAGUUUCUCUGCAAAACAGUCCCCCUUUCCCCUCGCCCCACUCCGUUCAGCACAGCAGGGUAACCUGAUCUUCCUUACCAGGAAAGGGAAGCCCAGGCAGGCCAGGCCAAUUGGAGGCCUUUGCACCCAGCAAGCACUGGAGACUCAGCAAGCACCAAGAGUGAGCCAGGGCUGAAGAGGACCGCACCUUCUUUGAUUUACCCAUUGUGCUGGAACAUCUAUGUGCCUUGUGGUAUGGACAGCCAUAGUGGUGGUCAGGAUCUCUGGCUUUGGCGCUGCAGGGCCAGGGCUCUCGGAGCUGCUUAUGGCUUCUGGCCCUUCCUGAUGCAGAGCUAGCUUCAGAUGAGGAAGGGAAAUAAAGCCAACUUUGUUUACACAGA